AUGAAGCGUUACUUCAUGAAUACGUCCUACUUACAGGGCCGCAUUAAGACACUGUACCAACUUCACAACCACGCUGUCACGGAUUAUGCAGCGCUUGUGCAGAAUCUCAACGAAGAGUGUUCUAUCCUUUGCGAUCUUAUUCCCAACUAUCGCAUUUCUGCGACCUUGGAGCAGGAAGAUGGUCAGACCGAUCAGAGGAAACAAAAAGAGGUGUAUAAUAUUCAGCGACUAGAACAUGAGUUGUUGACACAAUAUGAGCACUUUUUGCAGUUACUUCGUAAACUCAGCAAGAAAUCCCACCCUGAGCAGCAGGCGCUUGGUAGUCGUCUGUGUGCCCGUUUAGUGGGUUCUGCGGCCCCAGAGUUCAAUCAUAGCGAAACACUUUUAAUAUUGGCUGUUAAUUUUGCGAAUAGUAAGUCUACUCGUGUUGCACAGCCCUGUAUGAACGCACUUUUUGAAUUGCUCGGUGGUCAAAUGGUUUCCGAUGUGACCGAACACGUGGUGGCAGCGUUGUUAGCUAUCGUCCGAAAGAAGAGUUACGCCAUGAACCCUAAGCUGCUCAAUGUCCUAUUGCAUGUCCGUGUGGCGAUGGUGGAUAUGCAUCGCUCCGACUUUACCGAGGAAAAGGUCAAGAAUAAACGUCUGAAGAAAGAGGACAAGGAGUUAGCGCGGCAAAUGCAAAAAGCGAAGGCCCGGCGCGAUCGAUCAGAGCUUGCAGUGAAGCAGAUUCGUAUCAUUCAUCGUGUUUUUGUAAUCUACUUGCGUGUAUUGGAGGCCUCUAAGGCUUGUUCGCCGGUUCACCGAACCAAGAUCUUGGCCCCUACCCUAGAGGGCCUGCUUAAGUUCGCGCCACUUAUUAAUGUUGAGCUGUAUCAGAAGCUCAUGCAAGCACUUAAGGAUCUCGUUUGUGAUGACGAAACAUCGGUUACGACAAAGCUACAUGCGCUCGUCGCUGCCGCUGCCUUAGCCAAAAAGGAUGCAACGGCAACCUCAUCGGAGUGGAGCGUAGACCUUAGCUACUUUCACGAAGUUCUUUUUCGUUGUCUGCGCGAGGCGCUGAACAUUCCCGGGGCCGAGGGUGCAGAACGGGCCAAGAUGUCUCGUGAUCUCAAGGACGAGGACGAAGAGUGUAGCCGAGGGGAUGAGGAUGAGGUAUCCUCACGUGGGAGCCUUUCGUCGGUGGCUUUUUCUGUUGCGAAUUCUAUGGUCCAUGACAACAGUCUCGUGCAGGCAAAUGCCGCUAAAGAGUGGACAUUUCACGUGAACCUGGUGCUACGUGCUGUGGAUAUGCUAGUGCUUUCGCAGAAGCAUCUAGCCAUCGUUCGGAUCACCGCAUUUGUGCGGCGGCUGGUGCAAUUUAUUCCUUCUUGUCCUCCCCACGCGAGUAUGGCACUCUUGGCGUUGGUUCAUCGUAUCUUGCUGCGUUAUCCACUUGCAUCUGGAAUUAUUCUUGGCGGCAGCGAUAAUGUUAUAGCGGGGCGCGGUGUAUAUAAUCCAGAAGCCUUACAGACCGCUUCCUCGAACGCAGAUGCGAGCUUUACCUGGGAGUUAAGCGGCUUAACUCGUAGUUACCAUCCGACAUUGCGGCAGCUAGCAGAGACUUUUUGCAAGCAUUAUUAUCGUGUUGGUAAGUCACAGAAUGGUCAGGCUCAUGUCGUGACCAAGCAACUGGAUGCACUCGGUCCUUAUGAAAUUCUGGAGGAGUACGACCCUUCUUUAGGAAAGUGGAAGCCUCACCCACCGUUGCCAGCUGCAUUAAAAGCAGAAAAGAAGGAUAACCUUAAGAGACUUCGCGAAGAAGCAAACCAUGAGGUGAGUGCCUAA